AUGUUCCCAGAUCUACCACGCACCUCUACCAUCAGUUUCAACCAGCUGGACUGGCCAACUCUGUACGCAACACUGACGACCUUCGUCCUUACAGUCCUGCACCAUCCCAAUGCCCCGUUCAUCGGCCUCUUCAUCUUCCGCUACCUCCGCCUGCUCGUCCACAUGAUAGCCUUCUUCUGCUUGUACAAAUCCACACCAAUCCCCAGCACCGGCAGUCGCACCAUCACCGAGAAAGACGUGACAGUGAUAAUCCCGACCGUCGAACCCGGCAAUCCCGAUUUCACCGAAUGUCUCGCCUCGGUGCUCGCGAACCACCCGCGCACCAUCCACGUCGUCACAGUUGGCGCUGAGCUGCUCGCGCAAGCCCGGAGCAUCAUCCGGCCGUUCGCGCUGGUCCAUCCCAACACAGACAUCCACAUUACGGCAACCAGCCAAGCGAACAAGCGCCGCCAAAUCGCCCACGUCCUGCCCCGUGUGCGCACCUCGAUCACACUGCUCGUCGACGACCACGUCUUCUGGCCGUCGCCCCGCUUCGUCGCCACGGCAAUCGCGCCCUUCGAGAACCCUUCUGUCGGCGUCGUGGGCACGAACAAGCGCGUCCGCCGCCUCGACACGCCCUUGUUCGGCUUCCGCGCCUUCUGGAACGUCAUGGGCUCGCUGUACCUCGAGCGCCACAACUUCGAGAUCCGAAGCACCAACGCCAUCGACGGCGGUGUCUUUGUCAUUUCCGGACGCACAUGCGCCUACCGCACGAGUAUUCUCCAGUGUCCCGAAUUCCUAGCCGGUUAUUUGCAUGAACGUUUCUUGCUGGGCAUAUUCGGGCCCCUGAACGCCGACGACGACAACUACAUCACGCGCCGCGUGGUCGCUGCUGGGUGGAAGAUCAAGAUCCAGUACUCGGACGACGCGAUGAUCGAAACGACCCUGGGCACCUACCCCAAAUUCUUGUCACAGUGCCUCCGUUGGGCGCGCACGAGCUGGCGCUCGAACCCGGCGAGUCUGCGGCGCGGGCAUGUUUGGCGGACGCAGCCGUGGUGUGUGUACGCCGUGUACUUGACCAGUUUCGUCAAUUUCGCCCUGUUCUACGACGCCGCGCUGUUUUACACGCUCAAUCGGACCACGUUCGCGGGUGCACAAGCAUGGAAACUGCUGGCCCUGUGGAUCUUUGCAAGCAAAAUGGUCAAGUUGGUGAGUCACUUCACUCGACAUCCGAAAGAUCUGGUCUAUCUGCCUGGGUACAUCUGUUUUGCGUAUUUCCACAGCCUGAUUAAAUUGUACGCCCUGCUGACGUUCUGGGUCACAAGCUGGGGUGGACGUGAUCUGGACAGUAUCAGUCGGAGUGCUAGCCCUGAGAUCAAGAUCGAAAUGGAGAGCUCGGUGCUGCAAGCUGAAGCUGCCAAGCCCAGAUGGCACGACGGCGAGACUUUUGCGUUGCCCUUGUCGGCUGACGAUGAUAGCGAUGGUCCAAGCUGGUCGUCUGGCGUUUCGACGGCAAGCAGCCGCGGCAACGGCAGCAACAACAAAGGUAUGGACAGACGAGCAAUCGUCACGCCCUGGGGCCGUGUGAGUCCAGAAAGCCAGCACCUCCCUGCGAACGUCCUUCUCGACCAGCGCGCUGGUGUGAAAUCGCGACGAUCGAAGACAAAAACCUGGCAGGACACCACGAAGCAGAGCCACGGUGAUGCUGACCAUCUCUUCCAGCAAGAUACCUUCGACACAGGCGAGGUUGAGCAGAGCGUGCAUCAACUUCAAGUCCUGACACCCGAACUCCACGCGCAGGCAUUCGACAACACAUUUGACGUGCAAGUUUCGCCGUUGACACUCGCACCCGGUGAGUCAUGCUAUUUUCAAGAUCUCCCGCACCCCGUGGUCGUACUACCGACACCCCCUGUGACCCCGCCCAGCAGACCCGUGAAGCCCUGUACCGGUGCCGGCGCCGGCAGACGAGUUCGAAUCGAACCAUACGCUCGGGCCUGGAGCAGAGCGGAUUGCGGCCGACUGCAUUAUAACGGAUCGCGCAUGGCGUUUGGCGAGAUGUGUGCCUUGGAGGAUGACAGAUUUGAUUACUGGUAA